AUGUCGACGUCCAAAGAAAACAUUCAAACGUACGGCAGAGGAGGACUCACGGAGGAACAAAGAAACCGAAUCUCUCUGAAUUUCAGAGCCGCCAAGGCCCUCAUUGCUCGUAAACGCCCUCGCCACGACGCCGUUUCCCCUGAUCACUUUCCCCAUAACAAAAUUUGUGGUAGAAACGGAAUUCAAACACCAGCUCAGCUGAAUAGCAUCCAGAGAGUUCCUCUUGCUGAGCUACCUAUAAACACGCCAUUUCCGUCUCCAUUCUCAGCGAAUUGCUGCAAGUCAGACGGUGGCGAAUAUAGCAGCGCUUCAUGUUCUGGUAGCUUAAGCAUUAACCGGAUUGAAUCAAGCGUAUCAGUAUCAGGAUCAGAUUCUUUCACAACUCCAAUCAGGCAACCCCAAUGUUCAACUUCAUUUGAUUCUUUCUCUGCACCUCGAUUUCUAGACGAAGAUGAUUUCGAUGAGAGUAUUUUGCAAGAAAUUGACGCUUUGAUCGAGCAGAAACCAAGCGUGGAAAUUCACCAUGAAGAUAUUGAGAGUUGUGAUGGUGAUGCUAAUACCGCUUCAGUGCUGCCUGUGAAUGCUGAUAAUCAGACAGAUUCUAUCAACCAUGGAUUGCCGAACAUGCCAGAUGAGUAUUCGAAGUAUUUGCUUUCUCUCAAUGAGAGGCAGAUCGAAGCGGCUUGCAGCGAUAUUUCAAUACCUUUGAUGAUUGUUGCUGGCCCUGGAAGCGGAAAGACUUCGACUAUGGUUGGCCGUGUUCUGAUGCUGCUUAAUGAGGGCAUUAGUGCAUCGAAUAUUCUAGCCAUGACUUUCACUACAGCAGCAGCUGCCGAGAUGAGAGAUCGAAUUGGAGCUGUGGCUGGGAAAGCAACUGCCAAACAGCUUACAAUCAGCACAUUUCAUUCAUUUUCGUUGCAGCUUUGCCGAUCACAUGCUGAGAAACUUGAGCGCACACUGGAGUUCUUGAUAUAUGGACAUGGACAACAGAGAAGAGCCAUUAUUGAAGCUGUGCGGUUAUUGGAAGAUGAAAAGAGUAGAAAGAAUCAUAGUGUUGCCAUAGUUGGCGAAGAGUCUAACAGUAUCACGUCUCCACAUCAUUAUAAGGAUGCGUCAAAGAAAUGGCAGAAGUUUGUGACUCAGGCAAAAGCUUCUGGAAAGACUCCAGCCGAAUACAGAAAAAUGGGUGAUGAGACAGGAGGGAAAAUUCUUGCGAACUACAAUGAUAUCUUAAAAUCUUGUAACGCUUUGGACUACCAUGACCUAAUUAGUUACUCUGUGAAGCUGCUCACUGAUUUUCCUGAAGUGUUGAAGGAGUGCCAGGAUUUAUGGAAAGCUAUUGUGAUAGAUGAGUUUCAAGACACCAGUGCUAUGCAAUAUAGUUUUCUGCGGAUUCUUGCAUCUCAUAACCACAUAACCAUUGUUGGUGAUGAUGAUCAGAUUAGACUCAAUAAAAACUAUCGGUCCACACGCUAUAUUGUGGAAGCUGCAUCUUCUGUUAUAAAAAACAACAAGAAGCGAUGCCAACUAAAGAAUGUUGAGACCGACAACUCUUCUGGAUCUAAGGUAAUUAUCAAGGAAAGUCACAAUGAGGAUGCACAAUGUGCCUUUGUUGUUGACAAGAUCCUGGAAACUGCAUCUAACCGGUCAGAUGCAGGGUGCUCCUAUGGAAACAUAGCAAUCCUUUACCGGAGGCAGGUAUCAGGAAAAGUCUUCCAAACAGCCUUGCGUGAAAGGAAAAUACCAUUUAAUAUUCAUGGAGUGGCCGUUUAUAGGAAGAAGGUAGUCAGAGCCAUUAUUGCUAUGGUCAAAACAACUUUGCCUGAUUGUGAUGAUGGAUCAUAUCGUCAAGUCUUCAAGGCUUUACUUCCUUUUGAGAAAGAGGAAAAGAAGAAGGUAAUUGAAUAUAUAGACAAAAUUUCGGCUCAUAGAAAAUGCAGCUUCAUAUCAGCUGCUUGUGACAUCUUUAGUGCAAAAAUUUCUGGUACCUUGAAGAGGACUCAGCUUACCCAAGGACGCAAGGUGCUGUUAACACUAGAGAUGAUUUCAAAACUUGUUCACAGGGAACAAUCGAUUUCAGCUGUCAUAACUUCAGUGGCAAACAUGGUACCACAGAAGUACCUUCUUGAGCAACGUGCGGUCGUUGAUGUUGAUGGAGGAAAAUUGCUAAAUGAAGACAAUGACAUGAGAUCUGUUCUUCAGUACCUACUGGAUGACAUAUCUGAUUUCUUAUCAACUCAUUUUGUUGCGGGACAAGGGGAUAGAGAAGUCGUAAAAGAAAAAGGUUGUGUUAGUUUACUUAAAGCUUUCAUUGACUGCAUAUCUGAGAGGGAGAGCGAAAAUUUUCGUUCCCGAAGACAUGACAACCAGAGUUCUGUCACCUUGACUACCAUCCAUCAGGUAAAUGAAUCUGAGAUUCCGUUGUUGCAUGAAUUCAAUGGCGUUGCAAAAGAAAAUGGGACCUCCAUUGAGGAGGAGAGACGCCUGUUAUAUGUUGCAAUGACUCGUGCUCGGAGAAAGCUUUUCAUUCUUUAUGUUACGAUGGAUUCCAAUUGGCAGAUGCUUCAACCUUCGCGUUUUCUCAAAGAAAUUCCAAAUCAUCUUCGAGAAGUCCAGGCUGACAUAAGUACACAAGACUUGCAAUCAAAGAAUCCUGACACUUCAAAAGGAACUACUCGGUCUACAGCUGAUCUACAACCAAACAUCCAACCUUCUGAAGUAGAUUCAGUGCAAAAUGAUUUUCACCAUAGUAAAUUUGAUGAAGCUUCUGCAGAGUUGAUAGAAUUUGCAGAGGGAAAUAGUGGCAAUGGUUUCUUAAAAAGAUUCAGUGUGGAUGAGAGAUCGAUUGUCUCACAUUUAUUUAAUGAGUGGGCUAAGAAGCAAGCAUUUCAAGAUCCUAAGAGGUUGCUUGACAAGGUUGGUUUUGUAAUAGAUGAACGCCUACGAGCCAAGAACUAUAAACACAAGGAUGUUUUGCGCUUGCUGAAGUCUUGCCUGAAAUGUGACGAUGCAUUUCAUUAUGUGCAAUAUGUUUUGAGAUGGCAGAAAAUACCUGCUGAUCAACGUGCUCAUUUGAUGCGGGAAAAACAGGAACAUUUCCAGAAGUUAAGGAUCGAGAACUCAAUGGGUUCGUCCAUACCAACACCGAAACAGAUUUCUUAUCUGCAAAAUCUGGGAUGCACCGUGGCUCCUACAUCGCGCCUCCAUGCUUCUCGCUUGAUUGAGCAGUACAAGUCAUUGUGA